CCUCCACCACCACCACCACCGUCCAUCCCUGGAGCCAUGGAGCCCACAGCGGCCAUCUCAGUCCUGGGGGAGGACUGCCUCCUUCCCCAGAGCCGCUCCUGUCUUGGCUGCUUUAUCGAGACGAAGGACGGCACCAUCCCCUCCGACUCCGAGCCCGGGGUCAGCCUCAAGAUGGCCGACGCCUGCCGGGGCGAGUACGACGCCUGCCCCAUUGCGGACAUCGGCAUGCAGUGCAUGAGCAGCGGUGAAGUGGCCGGCUACGGGGACCAGCUGCUCUCCGACCAGCUGCUGAGCUUCCCUCUGCCCAAGCCCAUGCCCGUAGACAAAAAGGCAGAUGACAGAACGACAGACAGUGACACGGAUGACCCAGCAACCAAAAACCUGUACGAUGGUCUGCUCCUCGACAAGUGCAACGGGGAGGAGGUGCUUCUGGCCAACACGACCCAGGACUGGGGCUACAUCGAGUCCUUCAUCAGCGAGAGCAAGAUCGAGCUGCUGGACCUAUGCUCUAAGAACGAUCUGUCCGUAAACCUCUUCUCCGAGGAGGACGUCGACAACUACAUGUUUGACGAUGACGAUGACGACUCCACGCUGAGCAGCGACGUGUGUUCCCUGAAGAUCCGCUACGAGUCCUUCCAGGACAACAUGCGCGAGAAGACCAACGUGCUCCAGGAGGAGACCCAGUUCAACUUCUUCCCCAGCGUCCUCGUCAACUGCCCCAAAAAGGAGGACGGCCCUGGGCGGAGAGGGGCCAAGGAGCUCCCUCGAAGGCCUGGGGACGAAGAGGAGGAGGAGGAGGAAGACCUCUGCCUGUCGGAUGAGGGUGAGGGUAAAGCUGAGAGAUGCACCAGCCCAGGAGAGGGCUGCUCUCCAGACUACAGCCCCAAGAUGGAUUACUUUGUGGACUCCAGCGACUCGGCGGAGGAUUCGGGGGAUUACAGCGAUGACAGUUCCUACACCGGCUCCUCGGUGGAAGCGUUCCCGGACGGAAAGCCCAAGCGACAGCUUGGAAGGAAGGGCGGCGGGGCGUCCAACCACCCGAAUUACGGGCUGAGGGCCAAGAGAAAAGUGCGAUACAGCGACGACUACCUGUACGACGUGGACUCCAUCGAGAGCGAGAGGAGUGCUGCCGAGAAGCGCGACAAGCAGGCUCCGGGCCAAAAGGAGGAACGAGAUGACGACUGGUGCCCCAAGAAGCGACGGAAGUCGUCCCGCAAAGAGCCACCCGUCAUAAUCAAGUACAUCAUUAUCAACAGGUUUAAGGGAGAGAAGCACAUGUCUGUUAAGCUGUUCAAAAUUGAUCCAACAGUCACGACUGUGAGCUUAGACACAGAGGCAAUGAGCAAAUAUGAAAAGCUGGCUCCUCUGAAGCAUUUCUGGCAGGAGCAACAGCGGGAGCGAGAGGAGCAGCUUAAGCUGGCUCUGCGAGAUAAACCCAAUUUCCAUCCAAACGGUCGCCACCGACCCUUUAGUUCCAGUCCCCCGAAGAGGAAAUACAAGUUUGCAAACAGAUUUAGGAUUCAGAGGAUUCAAACUGUGGAGCAAUCUCCCACGAGGCAGGGUUCCUCAGCCUCUGUGAGCGAAGAGGGCAGCGGCGUGAAAGACGGUGCCGUGCCGGUAGGAAUCCCAUUACCGCUUUCGGCACCGGGCGGCACGGGCUCAUUAGACACCGGCGACAUCACGUACACCACCACGCCGAAGAGCAGAUCUCAGCAGCAGCGGGAAGAGAAGAGGAUUGGCAACAAAAUUGUGCGCAUCCGCAAAUUCAAAAGCGAGGCCAGGCUGCAGAGCAGGAAACUGCAGCGGGCGGGGGUAGGGGAGGAGGGGAGCGGGAUGAGCUCGGCUCCUCUUCCUCCUCCUCCUCCUCCUCCACCGACACAGCAGCGGCACGCCGCAGACUCCUCCACAGGCGUUGAGGAAGCAGAGUCGACCUCUGCACAGGCCCCACACAGACUAGUGGAGGGCCAGGUCAUGGAUGCAGGUGACACGUUCACUUUCACGCCCUCCGACCUCUGCACCCCCACAGCCAAUGACAAACCCACUCCCCCCGCCACCGAGGCAGUGGGCGAUGGCGAUGUGCCCGUCAUCCCCGGAGGUUACCUCCAGACGCUCCUCGAUGGCUCCGAUUCCUCCAGCAGCGCCAGCAUCGCCUACUUCCCCCAGCAGACGUCCCAGCAGUACCCGGUGCUGGGCCUGUCGGUGGAGGAGAAGCAGUUCUCCUCUCUGCAGCUGGCCCAGAGCUGUGUUCUUUCACCGCCCUCUGAGUCGGAGCUCCAGCAGUCGCCCCAGAACUGCCCCAGCUUCACCCAGAUGUGGCCGUCCCAGCUGUGCCACAAUCAGCAGUUCGUGCCGGACAUCCCCGAGACCCCCAUCCUACCCGACGGCUUCCCCAAGACCCUGCCGGUGCCCGUGUCCGCGGAAGACAUGACCGCCGUGACCGGCUACAGCCAGGUGAGCCUGGAAGGCGACCGAGUGCUGUACGAGAAGAACUACCUGCCCGAGCAGCCGAUGGCGCCCGCGGACGGUGACUUCCAGGCGUGCCAAGUGCCCUGUGUGGACGGGCAGCUGCAGUUCCAGCGGGGGACGCUCAACACUGACCACGGGCGGCUCACCAGCUUCGACUCUAUGGGCUCUCUGUCCGGGGCCUCCAGCAACUACAGCUCCAUGAGCAUGAAGUCGUGCGAGAAGGAGGGGACCGGCGGUGGGGCCAGCGAGGAGGACGCGUCGGGCGAGACCUUCCUGGCCCACUGCAGCCCCAAGGUGGUCAUCCAGCAGAGCGUGGAGGCCAUCACGCCCUUGCGGGAGUCCACCGACCUACUGGACAUCUCUAACUUCACCCCGGAUAAGUUCCGCCACACGUCCCUGUCUGAGCUCUCCCCGCCCGAAACGCCCAACCUGUCCCCGCAAGUGAAGGGCAGAGAGAUGAAGAUCGCCGGUGGCAAAGCCCUCGAGUACCAGGAUGUUGGCGACGACAUGUCGUGGAACUGUAACAUGAUGGAGCAGUCGGACCACGUGGCAGCUGCCGCCUACACAGGCGACAACCAUCAGUUUCAGAUGCACAUUUUUAACACCAACGGAGCUACCGGUGGCAUCGUGCCGGACGACAAAGGCACGGGUGUGGUGGACUUCGAGGCACAAGCUGGUGAGGUGGUGGGCUGUGGGGCAGUGAAGGGCACAAAGUCGAAGAAGAGAAAUGGGGGCAAGCAAGCAGCAGGAGAAGGGGUGAAGAAAGUCCGGGCCCCGAAAGCGGCCAAGGCGGAAAAGGCCAAAGUGCCGCGUCAGAACUCACGGUCGUCCAAAAAGCUCAAAGCCCACCUGGAGGAGAAGGCCGGGAAAGGGAAAGUGGGCACGUCAAAUCAGGCGGCCGGGGACUGGCCCGGUGUGAGCUGGCCAGACGGAAACAGUCACGCCAACGUCGACGACCAGCGUGAGUUUGAGGAGCCGUCCAACAUCCUGUCCAACAUUGUGUCCGGCAUGGCAGAGGUCCAGCGGUUCAUGAUGGCCUCCAUCGAGCCGCUGUGGGGGCCCACAUCCAGCGUGUGCGCCGCCCCAGACGCCAACACCCUCAAGCUGAAGACCCUCAAGAUCCUGGCCGGCACGACCCCUGACCCUAAGAAGAAGGGAGCGACGGGGGCCGGGGGCAAGGGCCGAAAGGCCGGGGGCAAGGGGGCCAAAAACCAGGCCAAAUUUAACCCUUUCUUCCCUCAGCUCGCUCUGGGCUGCAACAUGUUCGAUAAACCCAACCUCUGCAUACCUGGUAUCAACGGACCAGCGCACAAAAAGAUGUACCGUCACAAAACCAGUGCAAAGUUCCCCCGCAUCGAGAACAUUAAGGGGAAGCGAGCCGAUCGAGAACCCAGUAAGGACAUAGCACUGAUGGCCUCCUUUGAAAAGCUGAGGUAAUAUUUUGUAACUACGUAGCUUCUGAUGCUCACCCUGCCCUCCCUGCUUUUUGCUCAAACCUAAAUCUUCUACUCCCUGAACCCAGAUGUACCUGCACAGACUCAAUAGCAGAGUUGCAUGGAAAACUACACUACCCAUAACCCCCCAAACCCUCAAUUGCUUUUUUUUGUUUGCCCCCGAAGAGGACUCAUAUCUUGCAUGACAAACUUACUUGUACUUGCAAACUACCUAUUGUGUGCUUGUGUGAAGCUUGAUUGAGAUUUAAAAAUUUACCAUGGCUGCAUUUUCUUCUUGCUUUCGCUGUUUUUUCCUGCCUUUGCUGUUUUAUUAUUGUUGGUCUGGAGGAAAAAAACACCCCUUGAGAAACAAUUUUGUUUUUCUUUUUUGUUUUCUUUUUUUAAUGAGCAAAACCUGCUGUCUGCUGCCCUCAAUAACGUAACAACAAUAUCUUCCUAUCUUGAAACAUGUAGCUAUUUGAAAAAAAAAAAAAAAAAAAAAAAAAAAACAGACUCCUAAGUGAAAUGUCCGCUCCACAUUUGUUUUUGUAUGCAGAAAAUGGACGCCCCCUUCUUGCCGUCUCCCUCAUACUGCCUGGCAUAAAGCACGGUGGGAAUGUUCCACUUCCUGUGCUGAGGCCGACGUCUGCUUCUGUGUGACCAAGGCGUCAUAAAAAAAAUGCAUUAUGGGACCAUAUACCAUAUUGAUGACAUAUCAGAUAAACAUUUUGUCCUAAUCUUUAAACUGUUGGAAUGAUUAAUUUCUUUGUGUUCGGUAUUAUGACCUUAUAUGCUUUUACCUGUUUUUUGUUUUCUUUUGAAGAACUGGUGUCUUAAAAGUAUAUUCAGUCAUUUGAUUAUUUUAAGUCUUAAUUCUUUGUUCUCAGUGUCAAUGUACAGAAAUGCACUAUUUGCAUAUAAGGAGAAAAUACUGACUUCUAAAAGUUAAUGUGCCAAAUGUAAAGUUGCUGUGUACACAUUUCUAAUGACCAAUAUGAACAUAGGCUUUUCAUAUCUCUACUUUGUGUCACAAUGAAGAAGAAAAAAAAAUCACUUUUAUUGUCUUAGCUUUUGGAGAGCUGACAUUCCAGAGUUUUGUCCUUUUUUUGUUUUCUUUUGAUUUGGAGUAUUUGGACCCCGACUGUAGAAACGCACCUGCAGCUGACAGUGGUACACACCACGCAACCAAAACCACAAAGCCCUCUGGACAUUUGUCACCGCUCCGUUUGCCAAAUUUAGUUUUACCUCAGCAUUGCAGUGGCUUUGUGAAAAGGAAAUGAGAAUCUGAAAAAAGACUCAACUGAAACAAGAGGCUUCAAGAAAAUAACAAGGAUCUUAUACAUGUUGUUUUGCCAAGGCAGAGAAGGCACAUUAUCUGAAUGAAUGGUGAAGCCAUGGCACCACUGACAAUGAGCUAUAGCUUCUUGGUGGAGAUCCCCAAACAUCUGUCACUCGAAUGGAUUCAUCCACUGCACAGUCAGUGUGGAUAUACUGAUAUGGAAACAAGGUACAAUUGCGCCUCUGGCUUCUGCUCAUACCUCACCAGGUAAUAUCUGUUACUAAUGGUCUCUGCAGUAAUUUGUAUCACACCUGUCAUACCUGGCUUCACAAAGGACCCAGAGACCUAACCCAUUUUCUUGUACUCAUUCAUUCCUUUAUCACCACAUCAUUGGUAUUUAUGUCUAAUCCAACGUAACUGAAUGAAAGACAAUACUUACUCUAGCCUGUAUCAUCAGAGGAUUCUGCACUAGGUUGCCUUUAAUCUAGAUUAUCUUUUAAGAUUUUUUUUUUUUUAUGUGCUGUUAACAGGGUGAGCCUUUGAAGCUCUGCAUGAAAAUUAGACUCACUAGAUGCCAUGAUGACAGACGGAGUGUAACUGUGUUGAAAACAUUGACAUUUUUUUGUAUUCAGAUUCAGUUAAACUAUGUCGAUUGCUUUUUCAACAAUGUGCACCCAUGAACUGUGCCAAACAGCAAGAUAUUUGAAUGCAUUUACAACCUAUAAUCAUUUUGAUAAUUGAUCAAACACUGUUCUCUCAGAAACUGCAAUCGAGUUUUUAAAUUUUGCUUGCUCAUUAAUGCAUGUUUUUGAAGUUGUUCAGUUUCCUCAGCAGAUUGAAUGGGAAAAAAGCAAAAAAGAUGCAUGAAAUUCAAAAUGGCUUUGGGUUUUUUCGCUGUUUUUGGGGUGUGUUUUGCUGUAAAUUGUAUUCCUUCUUGUUUUUGCCUAUCGCUCUCACUUACAGUAACAGCAUGCUAACUCUCAGGCCUCUGUUCCAUUCAUGUACACAAUUCUCCCUCUCUCUCUCUCUCUCUCUCUCGUGCUCUCUCUCCAUGGACUGGCAGCAUCUUCUAAUACCAGCUACAUCUCUCUUUCUCUCUCUUGCUCUCUCCCUCUCUCUCUGACACACACACACAACACAUUGGUUUUGUUUCACCUUUGUCUCAUUUCACGGAUGGCCUUGGGUGUUGGCCAAAGAGAGCCAGAUAAAAAAUCAAAGAGGCAGAGGUAGGCUAGAAUGGACAUUUCCAGAACAGUCCGUGCCCAGCCGGCCUUGUGUACCGUGGCUUGGCUUGUGAGCAGUAGAUCUAUCUCUGCCCCACCUCUCUGAGCUCUCUCUAUAUCAGGCCAUGUCUGGAAUCAGGAGAGGCCAUGGACAAAAAGGAACCCGCACACUGGACCUGGUGGUCCAACUGUCUGCCUUCUCUCAUCUCUGCCUAUAUGGUCGACUGAAUGUACUUCUACAUGUUUUUUGUACAAUGUGCCACUGUUAAGCUGCCUCUUCUAAACGGUGCUAAGAAAGCAAACUGAAAACUCUCCCCUCACCUCUCACAGAGAUAACAAAAUAGGAAUUGCAGAAGAGAGAAAAAAAUGCCACCCUCCUCAUGAAUGUAUAUGAUAUUGUUAUGUUUGAUGUAUUCAUGCCAUGAUUAUUUGACAUUGAUUGGGAUUACUUUAUGCAUUUUUUUGUUGAAAAGAAUAUUGAGCUUUAUAAAUAUUGUCCAGAGUUGUUAACAGAGGGAUUCUUAAAGAGCUCUUGACAUUACAAAAUAUUGUAUAUUUUUCUGUGUGCCAAUUUGUAACAUAUUUUGUAAGUGUCUAUUUUUCUUAGAAAGUGCUGUGAAGUAUUUGUGUGUGUAUGUGUGUGUGUGCGCGCGUGUGAAUGUGUGUUUGUGUGUUUGUAUGUGUGUGUGUAUGUGGGAGUGUGUGAAAGUAACCUUUUUUGGGCCUUGGCAGGCUGUAAAAAGGAUGUACAAUGACAAGUUCCUGGUUUUAAAAACCAAAAUAUAAAAGUGAAUUACGGCAUACAAAAAAACUACAUUUUGUCGGGAGUUUUGUAAUAAGACUUUGAUCUUGUCGUGAGAGUGUGUGUUGUGUUACUGUGACAAACAGAAAUAAGCAAGCAAACAAAACAUGGAGAAAAAAUGACUUAAAUUUGUGAUCUAUUGCUGUUUUAUAGAUUUUCAUGUAAAUUAUUCUAGUAUUAUUUUGUUUUUGUUGUAACUGUUGCAAAAGUUUUAAAUAUUUGUGAUCAAGCCUGUAUGGUGAUAAUGUACUAUUGGUAACUUGCUGAGUUUUGUAAUAAUGUUUAUGGAGUAAAUAUACAAAUUAAAAUGAGAUUUUGAAUGCUA